AUGCUUCCAACUCUUCUGCCUUUCUUCUCCUUUAGUAUCUCAUUUGCUUCUAUCUUCUUUGUGCUACUUCUUCUUCUUCGGCAACUUAACAUCUUAUUUGCAUCUACCUUUUCUGUUUUUCUUUAUUUCUCCUUCUUCUUCUGCAUCUUAAAUGAGUAUACUUCUUCUCUAUUUCUUCUUCUUCACUGCGACUUCUUCUGCUCUUCUGUAUAUCUUCUUCUUUUUCUACAGCAUCCUAAAUGUUUCUACUACUUCUAUAUUUCUUCUUCUCCUUCUACUUCUUCAACAUCAUAUGUGCUUUUACCUCUUCACGAUAUCUUUUUUUCUUAUUAUUAUUCAUCAUCUUCAGUGCUUCUACGUCUUCUGUAUUUUUCAUUAUCUGCUUCUACCUCCUCUUUUUUAUUUUUCUUCUUCUUCUUCUCCGGCAUCUUAAGUGUUUCUAAUUCUUCCCUUCUAUCUCUUCUUAUUUUCUUUCUUCUUCUUCUUCUUCUUCUUCUCCAUUCUCUUCACGCCUUGAGAGCUUCUACCGCUUCUGUAUAUAUUAUUUUUUUUUCAGCCUCUUAUGUGCCUUUACCUCUUCUGAAAUUUUCUUUCUUUUUCUUUAGCAUCUUAAUUGCUUCUACCUCUUUUGAAUUUCUUCUUCUUCUUCUUCAUCUUUAUCUUCUUCUUCCUUAG